UACUGCUAGUAUCGUAAAUUAUCAAAAGAUGAAGAUGUGUCGCAGCCGAAUAAAAAUUUACAUAGCAGUAUUUUCAGGAAUGGCCAUAUGUCUUCUGUUGAAAGAAAAGGCAAUUUCCUUCUCGGAGUUGACCAAUUGGCAUCACACGGAAGAAAGAAGACAUUACCUUGACUUUAGUAGAAUUAAAUCUAUUAAAGGACCCAUGGUUAAUAGUGCAUCCACUACGGAAUGUGGUAGUUGCAAAAAUGACGACUUCAGUACCCCAAUCACCAAGGUAUCGAAUACAGAGCUUAUCUAUUCAGAUAAUAAACAAAGACUAGAAAGAUUGUCGAGAAUUUGUAAACAGAAACCAAAUGCCUUCAGACAUAAGUCGAAGAGGAAUCCUUACAUAUUCAACACAUUUGUUAGUGAUCGUCAUAAUUUGAUAUUCUGCCAAAUUCAAAAGGCAGCUUCAACGUUCUGGAAAAGGAUCAUAUUCAAUCAAACAACACCUGGAACAAAAGGACUACCGAGUAUUUUAAAUCUUGGUGUAGCGGAAGACAAAUUUAAACAUUAUUUUAAAUUCUUGUUUGUUCGAGAUCCUUAUAAUCGACUGUUUUCGGGAUAUAUAGAUAAAUUGUUUAACCCAAACGUUAUGUAUUGGAAGGCUGCCGGCAUUCCUGCAAAACGCUUAAGUAACCCCGAAGCUGACAGUUCAUGUGGCCAUGACGUCACAUUUGCCGAAUUUAUCAAUUAUAUAAUUGCAUUGGAAAAGACACCGGACAUGAGAGACCGUCAUUUUUUCUCAAUGUAUGAACACUGUGCACCUUGUGACCACAAAAUUGAUUAUGUAGGAAAAAUGGAGACGUUCAGCAAAGAUUCUAAAUUUAUUUUUGAUGUCCUCAAAAUGGACAAAGGCCUUUUAAACAAAUUUGAAUAUAUGCAUUCCAACUCAUCUAUCAAUGAAAUAAUAAAAAUUGCAGAUAGACUAUUUAAUUUCAAACCUAAAAUUCUAAAAUGUAUGACUAUGUUUGAUGCAGUACUAAGAGUAUGGAGACAAUUACAAAUGAAAGGGAUUCUAAGUCGUCAUUUAGUAUUUCCAUUUAAAGCAGACACUGUUGUCAAAUUUACAAAAAGAAAAUUCAUCAAGUCCUUUUUGAGAGCAUAUAAAUCAUCAAAAGCUGAUAUUUCUAAAAAACUUAAUAAAGAAGAUGCUUUAAGCGAAGCGUAUGCAACGGUUCCACAACAAACACUAAUGAAGUUAAAACAAGUUGUAGAAAAUGAUUGUUUAUUAUUCGGUUAUGAAACUAAGCCUAAUCGUGUGUUUAAUGCUCAUUCAUAUGUUAAAUCAAAUUUUUUUAAAUUGUGAUUUUUAUGAUAAAAAUUCAGACAUGUUGUAUUCACUCUGAUUUAGUUUUGUUGCGACAAUAUUAUACUCCUUUUGGGUGUACUUGAAGAUCAAUCUCUGUGUACACUGUUUCAAAAGGUGAAUUCAUGAUGAAAUAAAAUAAUACUAGUAGCUAGAAACUGUAAUACAAUUUCAUGGUCAUUCGAAAUAGAAUUUUCUUGUGCUAUUUGCAACUUUGGAAACUUUGGAAACCUCAAACAUAACUUGGUAAUUGCUCUCUCUUUUUACUAGAAAAAAUAAUACAAAUUCAUACAUUUGUAUGCUGACAUGUUAUGUCCAGUAAAUAGUCAAAUAGUAUAGUUCUAAGUGGCGUAAUGUGGUAACCCAUUUUUCCUUAGCUUAAACAAAAUCCGAUUACUUGGUUUUAAAACUUUUUUUUAAACUUUAAUAUAUCC